GUGCGCUCUGCGCAUGCGCGUCGGGUGCCGUGACGUGCGGGCCCGCGCGGUGUGUAGAUGCGGCGGAUCCGUUCCCGGGAGCCGCGGACGUUAUAAAUGGCGCCGAAGCAGGACCCAAAGCCUAAAUUUCAAGAGGGUAUGUUUUGACCUGAAAACCUGGCAUGUCAGUAACUGCGAGGACUGUUGGACAGCCACAUCUACAGCAUAAAAGCGCCUGGAGCAACUUGUGGAUUCUAUUAUGUGCAUCUUGGAAAAGAAGGGAUAAUAGGUAUGAUGGAAACAGAAUCACAGUGAAGGUGAACGUGUCUUGUGCUUUCAUGGGCCUCUCCUUUAUGAAGCUAAGCUGGGAUGAGUGGGUGCCAGAGAGCAGAGUACUUAAAUACGUGGACACUAAUCUGCAAAAACAAAAAGAACUUCAGAAAGCCAAUCAGGAUCAGUAUGUAGAGGGGAAGAUGAGAGCAGCCGCUCCAGGAAAGAAGACUGCUGCACUUCAACAGAAGAAUGUAGAAGUGAAAACAAAGAAGAACAAGCAAAAAGCCACUGGGAGUGGUGAGGGUAGUAGCACCAGUGAUGCUCCUCAACCACCACGAAAAAAACGGGCUCGAGUGGAUCCAACGGUAGAGAGUGAAGAAACUUUUAUGAAUAGAGUUGAAGUUAAAGUAAAGAUUCCCGAAGAGUUAAAACCAUGGCUUGUUGAUGACUGGGAUCUUAUAACAAGACAAAAACAGCUUUUUAACCUUCCUGCCAAAAAGAAUGUGGAGACUAUUUUGGAAGAAUAUGCCGUCUACAAAAAAUCCAGAGGGAACACUGACAAUAAGGAAUAUGCAGUAAAUGAAGUGGUAGCCGGCAUUAAGGAAUACUUUAAUGUUAUGCUGGGCACACAGCUUCUAUACAAAUUUGAACGUCCUCAAUAUGCAGACAUCUUAGCGGACCACCCUGAUGCCCCUAUGUCCCAAGUGUAUGGUGCACCCCACUUGUUGCGUCUGUUUGUCCGCAUUGGAGCCAUGUUAUCCUACACCCCCUUGGAUGAGAAAAGCCUGGCUUUGCUUCUGAACUAUUUACAUGACUUUCUAAAAUAUUUGGCAAAAAAUUCCUCAACACUCUUCAGUGCCAGCGACUAUGAGGUUGCACCACCUGAAUACCACAGAAAGGCUGUAUAGUUUAAACAUUGACCUAUUCCUCAAGUGUCCAAGGCUUCCUGACCAGAUCAUUCUUGUGUUGCAUUGUGCAAGUGACUGAUGAAUGAGAAUAAUGCAAGUCUGGUGAUCUUAUGGAUUUUCAGAGGAGACUGAAUACCAAUGUCUUACCCCUUAGCCUAUAGACUUGGGGUAACUGUAUGGCAAUGACUGUUGAAGACAUCUUAGCAUCAGCCAUUGGUGUCUCACAUUCUAGACUGGCGAAUGAAUAUAGAAAGGGGCCCAGUUUCCUAAUGCUGCGUGCAGUUGACCUGUUUGUCUUGUCUUUAUGCACUCUCCUGCUCGACCGCUCCCAUCCAUAACUGGCAAAACCUGCCAGCUGUACAGAAAAUGUAUGGAUGGGAAAAGAAGUCUUCUGUCCCAGGUUUUUUUUUCCCCCUCUGGCAUAUAAAGUGUUCCAUGACUGAUGGCAUUUCACAUCCUUUACUGUCCUAGUGUCUUCAUCGUUUAAGUCAGCUAUGAAGAUUAAAUCUACCAACAUGUACUAUAUUUUAUAGCACUUCAGUUGAUAAACUUUUUGUAUAACUGCCAUCUGUAUAAUCAAAGAUUCUUCUGGAUACAUGAAUUAACUCUGUUCUUGGCAACAUUCUACCGAAUCUUAAGAAAUCCUCAAUAUCCCCAAAGGGCACUGGCUGCUAAGAGAGAAAAGCAAUUUAAUUAGAAGACUUGUUGGCUCAUGCCAUCCUCCUCCUAAGGUGUAUUACUGGAAUCAGUACAUCUGUCAUCUUUCUGCAUAAGAGCAACAAUAUUUUUGCUUGUCCUUUUAUCAGCUGUUAGAACUGUAUGAUACUUGUUUUCUAUAGGUUUGUGCAGCUUACAUCAAGGUUGUAUUCCCUACAUGUGGUUGCAUGUCGCCUUCUUGCCUCUAGAACGGCAGGAAAUGAACCAGACAUUACCCUGUUGGUAAUGAUACUUAGUUCGAUAAGGUCAGUAUUACUGACUCCAAGGUGUUUGUUCUAACUCUUCUAGUGGCUUAAGCGUUCAUUAUUGAAAAUGGAUGGUGUGGGGGGGAGAUGGAUAGUCACCCUAAAAAAUCCAGUCUUGGUGCAGCUGCUGCCUGACAGCAUUGAUGGAGCAUUCAGCCAAGAACUUAUUCUUUCAUGUGUGCUUAUCAUUCCAUGGGGUGUGAUUCACUCUGCCCAUCGACACAAAUGCCAGCAAGAGAUUUUACAUUUUAUUUUUUAUUUGCUGAGCGUGAUGUGUUCAGUGGUAAUGAUCAAUUUUUCUUUAUGCAUGAUUGUUUUAUGUAUUGCUUCAAAAGGUGUACAAAAGAGGUUCUAUAAAAUAAAGGUGCUGUUAUAAUA